AUGAGACACCAGCAGAGCCUCACCAUGAGACACCAGCAGAGCCUCACCAUGAGACAAAAGCACGGAUUCACCAUGAGACACCAGCACAGCCUCACCAUGAGACACAAGCACAGCCUCACAAUGAGACACUCAGCACAGCCUCACCAGGAGAUACCAGACACCUCACCGAUGAGACACCCAGCACAGCCCUCACCAGGAGACACCCAGCACAGCCCACCAUGA